UCCGUUUCCGGUUUCAAGGUUUAGUCACUAAAAAUGGCUGAUGGGAGCUGGAGCCUCUUCGAAGAAGAUGAAGUGUGUAGAAAAACGUCAGAUGACUCGUUUGUGUAUGGCAUUGUAACUAAGAAUUCGCUUUAUAUGAGCAGUGAUGAAGAAGAGGAUGAUGAGGAUCGCUUAGAGAAGGGGAAAGUCCGUGUAUCAUGGCAUCCGUCUGGCAAAGAAACUGUCGUCUCGGAGAGCGAGUUGAUACUGACUGACCGUUCAUUAAUGCCAGGGGAUGUCAUCAGAAGGUUUGAGGAGGGUGCCAAUAGUCAAAGAGGCUUUGUCCAGGACCUGAUUGGGAAAUGUCACAUCCACAUAAGGGGCACCAACAAAUUCUUGUAUAAUGUCAACAGCAAAGAAUUAUGCAGCAUGAAUGUUGAAGAAAUUGCAAAAAGGCCCCUUAGCAACUCAUUCUGUGACGUGGUGAUGGACUCAUGGGUUGGAAAAGUGGAGAGAGUAAAUGAAGAGCUGGUACUCAAGUUUUCAGAUGGAGCUAUGUGUAAAGUACUAGACACAGAUCAGCUGGAUGAUUUUGAGCCUGUCAAAGACCAUUUCAAGUCCCUAUGUAGCAGUGACACAUUCCUUUACAAAGGGCUGGUUAUGAAGGGAUGUAUAGGGGAUCUGAAUGAUGUUGUCUGGUUAUCUACCACUCAUAAACAUGGACCAAAAGCUAUCAAAAAGUCACCAAAUCACACUGUCACUGUCCGCAUUGAAGAGACCAGGCUGAAGUCUGUGGAGGUCUACUGGAUGUGUAGAGGAUUUACCAAGUCAGAUAACCCUCUCUUAAGAAUGACACCUCCUCCCUCCCUAGUUAAGGAGCCAGAUCUCCAAAGGUUACAGAUUUUAGAUUGGUUUUCACACUGCAGUCUGCAAAUUGGUGACUUUGCUCAGUAUGUCAUUAAACCUAGUGAUGAAUUCUCUGACAUUCCACCCAAACUAAGCUUUAUACCAGAUAUUCUAUUAGACAAUCCAGUAGCUCAAAAUGAAUUGACAGAAAGUGAGGUACAUGAAACUGAAGAUAACACUCCGGAUAAAAGGACUGAGGCUGCAGCUCUGGUCAAUGGAGUCAUUGCUAACGAAGCAGAAGAAGCAGAGGAUGAUGAAUAUGAAGAUAUUGACACAACAGAGUCUGAAACCGAGGAAGAACAAAUUCAGAAAAAGCACUCGUCAGCUCGCAAUAGGCAUAAAGGAAAAAAGGGGCGUAAAUCUGGAGGGAAGAAAGGAGCCAAAAGAACAAAGCAGACUGUGAAGUUUGAACCAGAAAUCCCUAAGUGUUUACCUGGGGAGAAGGUGGCUGUAGGCGUGUGUUAUACCUUCUCCAUGGCAACUGUCAUGUGGCAGGAUGGCUCUGUGGAAUCGGACAUUCCCUCCCCAGUUCUUUUCCCAAUACACUACCUUGAUGAGCUGGAAUUCUUCCCUGGAGAUUAUGUUGUAGAUGCCAAGGAAGUUGCCUUAAAGAACUGUGACUAUGGUGUAGUUGUGAGCUGUAACCACAAAGAGAGAACAUGUUUUGUCAAAUGGAUAAAGACAGUAGAUAUAUACAAAGGAGAAAGACCAGAGGAAAAUGUUGAGCCAGUUGAGGUUAGUGCAUAUGACCUCAAGGAUCACCCAGACUUCAAAUUCAGACCAGCCCAAACAGUGAUCAGAGUUAUAGAUAUACAGAAGGAAGGCAAAGAAGCAGUGGGGCAGAUCCACAGUUUGGACCCUCAGGGGGCUAUUUAUGUUCGUUGGCCCUCAGGAGAGAUCACACGAUGUUACCCCCAGGAACUUUAUAUUGUUGGGGAUGAGAUGAGUGAGUUUGAUAGCUCGAGCUGGUCCACAGAGGAGGAGGAGGAGACAGAGGAGGAUGAUAACUCCAACAUGAGCUGGGAAACUGAGGAUGAGGAAGCUGUAAGCUCAGAUGAAAUUGCUGAUGGAGGCAUUUCUUUGAUGUUUAUAACAAAGGAAAAGAAAGAGGAGCUGGAUGCACUAAUGUCCCGAGCACAGUCAGCCCUGGAGAACUUACAGAAAAUAUUUUUUACAUACACUGGAAAGAUAACCAUUACUUAUAGAUAUCUUAGGGAUAUAAUUGCUGUUUAUAAACGCUGCCAGGAUCUGGAAAAAAUCCUCAAAUCUCACUUCUUUGAGGAUGUGGAGCUCACAAAUUUGCUGGAGGAAAUUCGAUCACUGAUGUAUGAUGAGAAGAGAAAUGAACUGAAUGACCGGUUGUUGAAAAUUUACGAAAAACGAAAAGGUGGAGGAAGCAUAGAAUCACCAAGUAAGGAUGAUUCAUCUCCUGUUUCACAAACUCUAGAAGAUACCCCAUCUCAAGUGUUCCUAGAGACCAGUAAACCCAGUAGUCCUGAUACAGAGCUGACACAGCUUGCUAAUGCUAUAGUUCAGUCAGUGAUGAAAACUUUCACAGCCUCACAAGUGCAAAACCAAGAAUCUAAUGUGGAAGAAAAUGCAAAUUUACCAAAUGGAGAUAUAGACAAUUCUAGUCUUGGUGCAACUUCAGCAGAUUAUACACCUAAAACGGUUAACACUAGUGAGGGAACAGCUUCAUCGACAACAUCUAAUGGUGAACCAGAUAAUUGGCAGGUGCCCCAGGCAUGCUUGAAUGUAUCAAAUGAAACAAAAGAGUUAAAUGUGAGUCAAGAGUCAGGACUAGAAGUCAGUGACUGUGAUUCCGGUCUUGGAGAGUCUAAGGGGAGUGGGGCUUCCUUAGAUAGGGAUAAUUGGGUGUCAAAACAGAAGAAGAAAGAGGAAGUAUGUAAGAGGUUUUGUCAACUGAUGCUUGUCCAGAUGGUGAAGAUACGAGGUGAGAUUGGGGAAAGAUGGGAAAAAACAAAGCAGUGGAUGGGCGGGGAAUGUGAUAAAUGUGAACAGAACAGACAGACAGAAAAAACAGAGAAAGAGGAAUCUCUAGGAGCCAGACUGGUAGAAGAGUUUGAUAUGGCAUUAAACCCAGAAUCAAACUGUGUGGAGUGUGAUCAAGUGGAGACUCAGGAGGAGACGACAGACAUAUCAGACCUCAGAGAGGAGGUGGAGGCCUAUAAACAGGGGACUUCUAUUUCACAGGGCUUUCAGAUGUGUGAGAUGGCGCCAUCUACACAUAAUUUUGCAAGUAAAGUGUAUUCCCCACAGGAUCCCAAGUCUUUCCUAAGAGCGGUCAGAAAGGAGUACCAGCUGCUCCAAAGUAACCUACCGAAUGGAAUUAUUGUGAAAGGAUUUGAAGACAGAAUGGAUUUGUUUUCUGUGAUGAUUAUUGGGCCACAAGGUACCCCUUAUGAAGAUGGUCUGUUCUUUUUUGAUGUCUUCCUCCCGGCUGACUAUCCCACAUCACCCCCUGUGUUCCACUACAUAUCAUACUGUACAGACAGGCUGAACCCCAAUCUGUAUGAGGACGGAAAAGUCUGUGUCAGUCUGCUGGGUACCUGGGACGGAAAGGGAAGUGAAAUGUGGACAGCAAAAUCCAAUAUGCUGCAAGUUCUUGUGUCAGUACAAGGGUUGAUUUUGGUAGCAGAACCUUAUUAUAAUGAGGCUGGGUUUGAAAAACAGCGAGGAUCUGUGAUUGGUGACGAAAACAGCAAGAUGUACAAUGAAAUGGCCAUCAUUAAACUAGUGCAAAGUUUGACAAGAAUGAUAGAGAAUCCUCCACACAGUUUUAAGGAGGAGAUGAUUUCACAUCUCAAACAAAAUGCCCAAAGAAUGAUCAGUCGAUACGAGUCUUGGAUGGAGCCAACCAAUGUAAACAAAGGUCAGGACAAUGGAGUACAUGUGAACUGUGACACAACAGCUGACCAGUCCACUGAUGAUCAGUGCACAAACCAAGUAAUGGACACUUCGCCUUCUUCAACACACCCUCAGCUGCCCAAAAGGAAUUUAGAUGAGGACCUCUUCAGGCCGCCAGAAUUUUCUCUAUUUCCUCCCUCCAAGGGUUUCUGUAUACCCAUGAAAAAAUACUUGGAAACUUUCAAGCAGACAGUAAAAAAGAACAUUUUAUCUCACAAUGCUGAUUCAACAGUUUAAUCUCACAGACAAAACAUUCUCUAGUCCAAGUUUCACAUUACUUUAUUAUUUUAUUUUCUGACAUAUUGUAUUGUGCUGAGCAGGUUCAUGUAUACAUCUGAGGUGGUAGCAUUUUAUGUUUUUUUUUCCUUUGAAUUUUGAUUAGCAGCUAUGAAGUGAUGAUAUUUGCAAUAUCCCAUUCUAAUUAUAUCAUGGUCCCUAGGCAAUUGAGGCAGAGAUUUGUUCCAUUAAAACCCCCGUGCUAAUUUGCUACAUGAUAGUAUGCCAGUGCUGCUACAGUUCUUUCGUCCUUGUAUACAGUUUGCUGUAUUAUUUGCAAUUCUUUCUACAUUCUUGACAAGCUAGAACCUUGUGUGAGAAUGUUUUCAGUAAUUCAACAUAACAAUUUAUCUAAACUAUUGUAUUAUAUUUUUUUUAUGGUGCCAAAUUUUUGUUAUGUGAUAAGAUUGUCAUCAAUCUAGAUGCUGUCUGGUUACUACUGUCUGUUAAGGAGUACCUGCUGAGCGGUUUAAACUGUAUAUUGCUCGUGUUCCAAAACCCCCCGAUAUUUUCAGUUGUUUAUUCAGUACUCAUGAGAUAACCUUUCUCGCUAAAUAGUUGUAAUUUGAUAUUUGUUUAGUAGUGCAAAUAUCUGAAGGCCUGUAAAUUAAAGUAAGAAAUUUGUAUACAUACUGUAUUAAUUAGUCCUUACCAAAAAAAUUCCAUUUAUUACUAUCCAUGAAUUACAUAAAGUAUUUGUUUUUUUCACAUGAGUCUUUCAUUUACAUGCUACAAUGUUAAAAAAUGAUUUGAUGUAAGUACUCAAGGCAAUUAAAUUGUCAUUAAUUUAAUAAAAAAACACAGAUAUAAAUUAGUCACUCUGAUUAUUUCUACCUCUGAAGUAUAACUACAUGUAAUUCUCAAUCUCUUACAUCCUGUGUUAUACAUGUGUAUUUCAUUGGAUAUAUAUCUUGGUAAGGAUAUAUCCCUUCCCAUCUCGUCAUAUAUGGAUACAGUAGAUAUUAAAUGUGUUCUGUUUUACAAUGAAGCAUUUUGAAGCUAGUUUGUGUAAUACUAAGUGACAUAAUUGUUUCUGAUUCUAAAAGCUAAAGCUCUGCCCUGCAAUCAAGCAGUUGGUGGCAUCAACAGAGUGACGUAUACAUGUAUUUCCAAUUGCUAGAUUCACAGAGCUCCAACUUCUUUAUUUUAACAUUCUAAAAUAAAAUUCAAUCUUAACUCUCUGCUCCAACUUCUUUAUUUUUACAUCUAAAAUAAAAUUCAAUCUUCACUCUCUCAGUAUUUUGAAAGUUUGAUUUUUCCAUGCUCCUGAUAUUUGUCACCGGAACAAUACAGGCCCAAAGAAAGCAAUUUCAUUGAGGGGGUGUGGGAGAAACUGAACAAAAAUUCCUUGACAAUCAAGAAAAGGUCCCUAAUCUCUAUAGGCCUGUGAUUUUAGAACAUUACAUCAUUCUGUUGAUCUAAAAUUAUCAAUCAUUGAAGUUUAGUUGGUGACUUGAAUUUUUGCAAGUUAUUACAGUAAAGCUUGUCUAAUCUGUACACCACUGGUUCCAUAGAAAUUGGCCGGAUUAGACAACAUUCCGGAUUAGACAACAUUUUUUACAAUUGAAUUUACUGAAAGAGACUUAAAGUCAACACCAUAUUAGGCAAGAUUUCGGAAUACACAACAUCCAGAUUAGACAAGUUUCACUGUAUUAUUACAUUAUAUUAAUGUGUUGGAUAUAUGAACUUGCAUAAUGCUGGUAAUUUUAUAGCAGGGAUUGUCAUAGUCAACAGAUUGCAAUACAUAUCUUUUAAAAAAAAGACUAUUUAAUUGGCUCUUCGUUAGAUCAUGUCUUUUUUGUGUGACUGGUGGGCAAAGCGUAUUCUUUCAAAAAGAAGCAAAUUUAAAACAAUCAUGAUGUCACUCCGUAUGACACAAACUUGCAAUCUUCAAGCUUCAGUGAGCUUUGUUGCAACAUAUUUAAAAUUUAGAACAAAUGUACACAUGACAUUUUAUGUAGUGUAAUCAUGAAUUGGUGUCAAUAGUAUUUUAACUUUGCUUGUCCAAGAUCCGAACUGCAUUCAAGAUUGUAGAAUCUAUUCUUCUGUGUGCUCAAUAUCUACAUGUACCUUUCCAGAAUAGACAAGUGAACUAGCCACUAGCUGGAAACAAAUCAGCCAUUAAAAGUUUUAGUUCAAGUUUUGGUACCAAGAUAAGAAAGUGGAAAAUGUGUAAGUAAACAAUAGAUACCAAUAGAAUUACAUGAACAUGUUCUAGUUAAUAAUUAUAAUGUGUUUGAAGAACAGUUUAGAUGGUGAUGUCUUGAAUUUUAGAGUUCAGUUUGAUAUUACUUUAAACUUUUCUGGGAAUGAAAGCACGAUGCAUUAAAUGUACAUGUAGAAUAUGCAGAAACUAAUUUCAAUAACAGAUAUUAUUAAAUUAUAAUAGUGUAAUGAUGAGUAAGAGUAUACAAGUGCAAGUGUCUUCUUUAGCAAACUUUUGGUGAAAGUCGCCUUGUGCUUUUUGUUUAAAUGUGUACCAAUUUCUUUUAUGGAUCAUUUAGUACUCUGUUGAUCUGUGGAUUGUUAUUAGGUAAAAUUUUGAUUAUUGCACUCUGAUAAUAAAUAUUUGAAAUGAAUAAA